AUUUAUUACAACAACUUGCCAGAGAAAGAAAAAGAAAAGAAGAAGAAAAGAAGGUAGAGUGCAGGCAAGUUCAACAAGUUAGCGGUUUCUCAUUCAUUCAGUCAUGAACGAAGUUCUAACAACCGCAGACGUAACGGCAAGCACCGCCUCAUCGUUAUCCCCUUCGGUAGUUCCCUCCAACCUCCCUCUCAUCUCCGCUUUUCUCUCCUUCGCACUCGCUCAGUUUCUCAAGAUCUUCACCACCUGGUAUAAGGAAAGGAGAUGGGAUUCUAAAAGGUUGCUUGAUUCGGGUGGAAUGCCUUCAUCACAUUCUGCGACUGUGUCGGCUUUGGCUGUGGCUAUAGGUUUCCAAGAAGGGACUGCAUCAUCUGCCUUUGCUAUUGCCGUCAUCUUGGCAUGUAUUGUAAUGUAUGAUGCCUCGGGAGUUAGACUUCAUGCAGGUCGGCAAGCAGAAUUGCUUAAUCAAAUUGUGUGCGAGUUACCUCAAGAACACCCUCUUUCCAGUGUCAGACCACUGCGUGAUUCACUUGGUCAUACUCCAUUUCAGGUUGUUGCUGGUGGCUUAUUGGGGUGCAUUAUAGCAUUUUUAAUGAGGAAGUAAAGUUAAGAUUCCUUGCUGUGUAAAUGUAAAUUAUAUUAAUUAUUCUAUCUUGUCAAAACUGGGCGCGCAUCAGGAAAAGGAGAGCAUCAUGAAAAUGAUAUAAAAACUUGCAUUUGUUGCAAGCAUUCAAGCGAGUAAAGAGAUAAAGUGUGUCGAGGGUUCUCCAUGGUGCUGGGAGAGAUCCAUUGUCCCCAUUUUCUGGACAUUCAGAUUUCUCGUGUAUACAAUGUACCUUUGUUAACUGUCUUAAUUGAUUGUUGUUGAUUGAACACUAACACUGUACUUUAUAUUGAUUAUUGAACACGAUUUGUGAUAGCACUAUUUUGUUUGCCUUAUUAUUUCACUAA